UCCAAUGGCCAGCCAGGGUUAGGCUUUCGGGAUCGAGUCAUUUCCCUGGUAGCGUCACUUUCUCAGCUUCAGGGUUGAAGAACGCUCGACAGUCCGAGGACAAAUUCGAGGAAUCUCCCUCCCUCCAUCCGGGCAAAUCUCUCGCAUCCUGAAAUCUUGAAAUCCUCCAACCUUGAUCAUGGCCUACAAUCAACAGUACGUCUUGGCCGGGGGUCAGCCCAUGCAGCAGCCGCAUCAGGUGGUGCAACAAACGGCGCAAGCCGAUGCACUGCAAGCGGCUACACUCGAGAUCGGAGGUGGCGUGGGUGGAGCAGCCCUGGCCAUUCGACGGCCUUUCGACCCGACCGCUCAUGAUUUGGACGCCAACUUCCGAUUGACCCGCUUUGCUGACUUGAAGGGACGUGGCUGUAAGGUGCCGCAAGAGAUCUUGUUGAAGUUGCUGGAAGGGUUACAAGAAGAUGCCAAUCAUGAAGCUGAACACGCUCAUUUCAUGCACAUGGCCAUCCCCCGCAUUGGGAUUGGCAUGGAUUCGUCCAUUACGCCUUUGCGUCAUGGUGGCUUGUCACUGGUCCAAACCACAGAUUUCUUCUAUCCCUUGGUCGAAGAUCCCUAUAUGCAAGGUAAAAUUGCUUGCUCUAAUGUCUUGAGUGACUUGUACGCCAUGGGUGUAACCGAAUGCGACAACAUGCUCAUGCUGUUGGCUGUUUCAACCAAAAUGACGGAAAAGGAGCGCGAUGUGGUCAUCCCAUUGAUGAUGCGCGGCUUCAAGGAUUGUGCCUUGGAAGCCGGUUCUACCGUCACGGGAGGUCAAACCGUCAUGAACCCGUGGUGUACCAUCGGAGGAGUGGCUACCACCGUCUGUCAGCCCAACGAGUUUAUUAUUCCGGACUCGGCGGUGGUCGGAGAUGUCCUGGUGCUAACCAAGCCUUUGGGUACCCAGGUGGCCGUCAAUGCCCAUCAAUGGUUAGACCAACCCGAGCGAUGGAACCGAAUCAAGUUGGUAGUGUCCGAAGAAGACGUCCGAAAGGCCUAUCAACGCGCCAUGGACUCCAUGUCGCGAUUAAAUCGCACCGGAGCCCGAUUGAUGCACAAGUACAACGCCCAUGGAGCCACGGAUGUGACCGGGUUCGGCUUGUUGGGUCACGCCCAAAAUUUGGCGCGCAAUCAAAAGAACGAGGUGUCUUUUGUCAUCCACAACUUGCCCGUGGUGGCCAAGAUGGCGGCCGUCGCCAAAGCGUGUGGCAACAUGUUUCAGUUACUCCAAGGACACUCGGCGGAGACCUCAGGGGGUCUCUUGAUUUGCUUACCGCGAGAGCAAGCGGCUGCCUACUGCAAAGACAUCGAGAAACAAGAAGGCUACCAAGCCUGGAUUAUUGGCAUUGUGGAGAAAGGCAACCGCACCGCCCGUAUUAUUGACAAGCCUCGCGUGAUUGAGGUGCCCGCCAAAGAAAAGGAGGGCGAGUUGUGGUAAACACGCCUCCGGAAGCUAUCCUCUCAUCGUCACAUUACGAAAAAACAACCUGCAUUAUUUGAUGGCUUAGGCCAAAAAAUAUCUCAGCCCGCGUAGCUCAGGAGAUUCUUGUGACCCUUUAAAAGGGCUGCCCGAUCUCAGACGUCGGCGUGGGAAACAAGUCGACAUGUCGUCAGGAUGUGUUUCCCUUGUAUGAUUUGCCUUUCAUCGGGUACCACUCGUGCCCAUUUUUGUCUUAAGCAAGUGCUCCUGUCUCAUGGAACAUUUCUGCCAAUGAAUAAAUAACGUUAUAUUCAAUGCA